CUAACAUGUCAAAAUAUAUUGCAUGCCAGACUACAACUUUGGAACAUCACUGUUUAGGUCACCUACACUAUGGCUUCUUGGAAGGUGCACAUAUUACCACGGUUAUGCCACAGCUGCAAUUGUUUUUCAUUGUUUUACAAUUGAGGCAUUUAAUGGAAACCAACAAAGGUGAAAAUACCCAGUACUUUCCCAUUGACAAAUGCGCUGAAUUACAGUAAUGGAAAUUACAUGGCAUUCUUUUUCGCUCGUGACUUGCCUUUCGAACGUUAUCAGGCGGUUCGGUGGGUAAAGUCAUUGACCAACAGUUAGCAGGCUAAUUAUCAUUUGAUUUUGGCGCUGACACUGGGAGGAAACGUACAGUUUUGCACAAUUUGCUAUUAACUAGUUGAUUUUGGGACAGAAACUUGCAGUACUAUAUGCAUGGUGCCAACCCAAGGAAACUCGGCCAGGCUGCACUGAAGUUAACAUAGCGGAAUCAUACUCAAAAAUGGAGUCCGUGGCAAGGGCGUUAGAAGAUGUCCUCAGCGCUGCAUUACCUCAGGGUUGCAUCACUGCAGGAGUCUACGAGGCUGCGAUGUCUCUGAAUGUUGAUCCUGACAAUGUGGUGUUAUGCGUCCUGGCUACUGACGAGGGGGAAGUGGAAGACGUAGCACUUCAGAUUCACUUCACCUUGAUCCAGGCGUUCUGUUGCGAGAAUGACAUCAACAUCCUGCGUGUGAACAAUAUGGGGCGGCUAGCAGAGAUCCUUGGGGAGAAGAAGCCAGGAGGAGAGCCAAUGGACCUCCACUGUGUAUUAGUCACGAAUCCCAAGUCAUCCGCGUGGAAGGAUCCAGCCCUGAGUAAACUGAACAGAUUCUGCAGAGACAGCCGGAUUCUAGACCAGUGGGUGCCCGUCAUCAACCUCCCUGAGCGAUGAACAAGACAAAGGACUGCACACUGUACUUUUCUGAAGUUAUUGCACUAGAUGGUAUGUCUGAUGCUUCCAUAGCACACCUCUGAACAGCCACCCCCCUGCAUCGAACGGCGUUAUCAACAACGAAAAAAAAGAAUGACCAGCAUCAUCGUAUGACCGCAACGCAAAUGAGAUUGACAAGAAAACGAGUGACUGUCGGGGUGUGAGCCCUCUCCCUCACCGGAGCAGAGGCACACCUUCCAGUUCUGGACCGGUUCAGGAAGAAUGACUCAGCAACACGAGUCUGCUGGACUGCCAGGGAAUGACACUGCCCGCCACUUGCCAGGAAAAGGGAUUGUGCUACAGGAAACUGAAUCAUGUGAGUGCUCAGAAGCACGUGGUGAGCGCAAGAAGGGGAUUUUUUUUCUUCUUAACUCCAGGAGGCUCCUGACAGGGUUGGCUCCAAGAAUUGGGGCAAAGGGAAAUGAACUGGACUUUGCCUUCCAGGCAAGGCUUCGUUGUGAGGAACACUGACAGUUGCCUUACUGGAUACUCUGGAAUUUUUUUGUAAACAACUUUUAACUUAUGUUGUUUUUGUCCUUUCAUGAGUUAGUAUUUAAAAAGGGAAGAUGUUCUAAAACUCAAUUUUUAGAAAGUGAACACAUUGACUUUGUCAUUAUUAACAUCCAUCUUGGUGAAAUGUUGGUUUGUCUUUAUGUUAAUAUAUUUAAUUUAAUGAAUUGUAUUUAUGUUGCUGUGUUCUUUAACAUAUUUGUAUCAGUAUGGAAUAAAACCAUUGAACUUUA